CUUCAGGUGCAAUACGCUACAACUUAUGAAAUGGAUAUAAAAUUUCUACUUUUUAACAUACUAAUAUUGAUUGGCAGUUUGAAACAGACAGUAGGGUCUUUAUCACCUGAUAUUGAAAAAUGUAAAUCCACCGAUAACGAUGAAUGUGUUAUCAAUAAUAUUAUGAAAAUUAUGAAACUCUAUCCUCAUGGUUAUCCCGACAUAGGUUUACCUGAAAUUUCUGCAAUAACCGUUAAUGAUGUCAUACUAUCGAGUAGCAAAGCGGACUCACCAAUACAUUUAGAUUUGAAAUUCAAUACUUUAACUAUAACUGGCCUCGAUAAGCAGACAAUUUUACGGGCACAUGGUUUUAAUAAAAAUUUAACACAAACAAUUGAACUUGAUUUCUUUGCAACUGAACUAAAAAUCGAUGGUGAAUACGAAAUGGAGGGUAAAUUAUUGGUAUUGCCUUUAAAUGGCAAAGGUGUGGGUAAUAUUGUAAUGAAGGAUCUUACCUCAAAAUAUAAAAUUAAGAUAAACUUGGAAAAUCGUAAUAAUAAAUUAUAUGGUGUUAUAGAUAAACUGAAAUUGUGGGUGCUCGAGCCGAAAAAAAUUAUUAUAAACCUACAAAAUGUUGUCAAUAAUAAUGAAGUCUUAUCAAAAACUGUUAAUGAAGUAGUCAACGAGAAUUGGAGAGAUGUUUGGAAAGAGUUACAGAGUAAUACAAUUAAAUUUGUUGAAGAUAAUUUUCGAAGAAUUUUGAACGACAUAUUAAAUACAUUACCAGUGGAUGAGUUUUUCAUGGAUUAAAAUUAAUUUUAAGAAAACACACUGAAAAUUUUUUUUGGAUUAAAAUAAGGAAAGAGGCAAUAAAUAUAA